CGCACCGUUUAGUUUGUGUCAAGAAAUGCUUCAGCAAAUUAGACAUGGCGGUACGAGAAUGUUGAGCUGAGUUGAGUUGCAGAGGUAGACAACAUGCGGAGGUUAUGUCAACAAACCACGUCUCUCUGCACCAAACACCAUCUCUCACUUUCCUCCAAACCAAACAGCCCCUUCAACUUCUUUCACACAAACCACAAACCCACCAAGCAAACAAACAACCCCCAUGUCUUCAGCGAAAGAAGAUCCGGGUUCGGGUUGGUCCGCCUCGAAACCGACCCAGAACCAUCACCGGACGACCCAAACCACUGCGAAUUCGCCGCCGACGUGGAGAAGAUUUACAGAAUAUUAAGGAAAUUCCACUCGAGGGUCCCUAAACUCGAGCUGGCUCUGGAACAAUCCGGCGUCGUUUUGAGGUUGGGCUUGGCCGAGCGAGUGCUUAACCGGUGCGGGGAUGCUGGGAAUUUAGGGUACAGGUUCUUCGUGUGGGCUUCGCAGCAGCCUAAUUACAGACCCAGUUACGAAGUGUACAAAGCCAUGAUCAAAAGCUUGAGCAAAAUGCGUCAAUUCGCUGCCGUUUGGGCUCUGCUUGAAGAAAUGAGGAAAGAGAACCCACAUCUGAUUACCCAAGAAGUUUUUGUCGUUUUGAUGAGACGGUUUGCGUCCGCGAGAAUGGUGAAGAAGGCAGUUGAGGUGCUCGACGAAAUGCCUAAGUACGGGUGUGAACCCGAUGAGUAUGUGUUUGGUUGUUUGUUGGAUGCUUUGUGUAAAAAUGGUAGUGUUAAAGAAGCAGCUUCGCUGUUUGAGGAUAUGCGUGUGAGGUUUACACCGAGUGUUAAGCAUUUUACGUCUUUGUUGUAUGGUUGGUGUAGAGAAGGAAAGCUUAUGGAGGCCAAAUUCGUGUUGGUGCAAAUGAAGGAAGCUGGGUUAGAGCCUGACAUUGUGGUUUUUAACAAUUUGUUAAGUGGGUAUGCUCAAGCUGGGAAGAUGGUUGAUGCGUAUGAGCUUUUAAAGGAGAUGAGAAGGAAGGGUUGUGAGCCCAAUGCUGCUUCAUAUACGACUGUGAUUCAGGCACUUUGUGGUCGAGAAAAGAUGGAGGAGGCAAUGAGAGUGUUUGUUGAGAUGCAGAGGAGUGGUUGUGAGGCUGAUGUUGUGACUUACACUACUUUGAUUAGUGGGUUUUGUAAGUGGGGGAAGAUUGAGAGGAGUUAUGAGAUUUUGGAUGGUAUGAUACAGAAAGGUUUUAUGCCGAAUCAGAUGACUUACAUGCACAUUAUGCUGGCUCAUGAGAAGAAGGAAGAGCUGGAGGAAUGUGUGGAAUUAAUGGAGGAGAUGAGAAAGAUUGGUUGCAUUCCUGAUCUUGGUAUUUACAACACCUUGAUUCGAUUGGCAUGCAAAUUGGGGGAGGUGAAGGAAGGUGUUCGACUUUGGAACGAAAUGGAAGUUGCUGGGUUUUCUCCAGGGCUUGAUACCUUUGUCAUUAUGAUUCAUGGGUUUCUUGGGCAAGGUUUUUUGAUUGAUGCUUGUGAUUAUUUUAAAGAAAUGGUUGGGAGAGGUCUUCUAUCUGGCCCACAAUAUGGUACCUUGAAGGAGUUGAUGAAUGCUUUGUUGAGAGAUGAGAAGCUAGAAAUAGCAAAGGAUGUUUGGAGUUGCAUUGUGACUAAAGGAUGUGAGCUCAAUGUCUCUGCAUGGACAAUUUGGAUUCAUGCACUGUUUUCAAAGGGGCACGUGAAGGAGGCUUGUUCAUACUGCUUGGACAUGAUGGAGGCAGAUGUGAUGCCACAGCCGGAUACCUUUGCGAAGCUCAUGCGUGGUUUAAGGAAACUUUAUAACAGACAGAUUGCAGCUGAGAUCACCGAGAAGGUGAGGAAGAUGGCUGCAGAUAGGCAGAUCACUUUCAAGAUGUAUAAACGACGAGGUGAGAGGGACUUGAAGGAAAAAGACAAGGAGAAAAAAGAUGGGAGGAAACGGAGGGCUCGCAGAAGGCGUUGGCCUAGUAAAGCUAAAGCUUUAUAGUUUGAAUGAGAAAACUGAAGGUUGUGUAUCCAAGUCACAGAGAGAGAUGAAUCUGGUAUGCACUUCUCGCAAUAGGGGCAUCAUUUGACCUGUUUUAUCCUAAGCAUUAUCGCAGCCUCUCUUCAUCUCUUUCUUCCUUCUGUCUAGAUCUCGCAGCCACGAAAUUAUUGCCAAUGACUCUCUCUUUCCUCUCCUCCGUCAACAAACAAAAUAAAAUCCCAACA